UAAAAACCAUAAAAACCAUUUCCACUCAUCAAGAUCAUAAAAGAGAAAUCCAUUAAUUUGAUUUUGACCAAUUAAACCUAGCAAAUUAUGCCGUCCCCGUCUGCAAGCCGUCUCCUACAUUCAAACACACAUUUAUAAAAGACUCAUUCAUUAUUUUGCCAACCUGCCAAUCUCCUAUCCCCUCUAUUUAAUUUAUUUAUUAUACACACUUUAUACUGUUACUGCUUUUAUUUCUUUUUUAAUCACUUUAUAUACUUUCUUUAUUACAUGCUUCAUGAUUUCGUCCACCUUGUUAUCAUCAUUCUCCCCUCAAAUUAAAUUCCCUUUUUCAUAAUUUUAGUUCAUCUCACUGUUCGAUUUAUAAUUCAACCCCCCUUUUUCUCCCAUCAUGUUUGUGUAUUUGGUUGCCAUAAUUGCUUCAUGUUUCGUUCUGAAGAUCCUGUUGAAAACUUCGUUAGUGCAAAUUAUAAAGAACUGGUGGAGAAUUUUGGUGGAUGGUUGUUAUGUGUACCAGUUCUACAGGGUCCCGCAAUUCAAUCACAACAUGCAGGAAAAUCAAUUGUAUCGAAAAGUUUGUACUUACCUGAAUUCUCUUCCCUGUAUUGAAGAUUCUGAUUUCACCAACCUUUUCUCUGGUGAUAAGUCCAACGAAAUCAGCCUGGAAUUGGAUUUAAACCAAAUCGUUAUUGACAAAUUCCUCAACGCCAGAAUUUUUUGGAUCAAUGAGAAGGAUGAAUUUACCGGGCUGAAAUCGCUUGUUAUGAAGAUUAGGAAAACCGAUAAGCGUAGAGUUCUUCAGCCUUAUCUUCAGUAUAUACACAGUGUGUUUAAUGAAAUUGAGCAGAGGAAAAAGGAGGUGAGAUUAUUCGUAAAUGUAGAUAACGAACCAUGGAGAAAUGGGCGAUGGAGAUCAGUGUCGUUCACACACCCAGCAACUUUUGAUACGAUAGUAAUGGAUACGGAUCUAAAAAACAAGGUGAAAUCUGAUUUAGAAUUGUUCAUGAAAUCGAAGCAGUACUAUCACCGCCUCGGCAAAAUUUGGAAACGGAGUUAUCUCCUCUACGGACCGUCCGGUACUGGAAAAUCAACAUUCAUAGCUGGAAUAGCAAAUUUGUUGAAUUAUAACGUGUACGACGUUGAUUUAUCUAAAGUUACAGAUGAUUCGGAUUUGAAAAUGCUCCUUUUACAGACUGCAAGCAAAUCGCUAAUCGUUAUCGAAGAUCUCGAUAGUUACUUAAGGAACAAAUCAACGGCUCCGGCUCCGGGUAUGUCUGGAAUUCUCAAUUUUAUGGAUGGAAUAAUCUCGUGUUGUGGUGAAGAGCGAAUCAUGAUAUUCACAGUCAACAACAAAGAUCAAAUUGAUCCAACGGUCCUCCGUCCAGGAAGAAUCGACGUUCACAUACACUUUCCUUUAUGUGAUUUCAACUCUUUCAAAAGCCUAGCGAAUAGUCAUCUCGGUUUAAAGGAUCACAAGCUGUUUACUCAAGUGGAAGAGAUUUUUCAAACCGGAGCGGCUCUAAGCCCGGCUGAAAUCGGAGAGAUCAUGAUAUCGAACCGGAGUUCCCCGACUCGGGCAUUGAAAACGGUGAUUUCAGCUCUGCAUAUCAACACCGAGUCAAGGGCGGCGACGAGGCACGCACGGCGGUUGAGUGAAAGCGGAUCGGUUCGAGCCGUGGAGGAAACGGCUGAUUCGGGUAUUUUUUGCAGGGAAAAUGUGAGGGAGUUCAAGAAGUUAUAUGGACUUUUACGAAUAAGGAGUAGUAGAAAAGAUGCCUCGUUUGAGUUUGAUACGUCCGAUAAGGAUAAUUCGAGGCAUGAUAAUUAUUAGGAGUAUAUGUUUGUUUUUGGGGCAUCAAUACUGCACCCUUACCUGCAUAAUCACUCAUGUCUUUUUAGCUUUUUUAAAGUUGAUAAUAAUUUUUCUAGCGAGUGACUUUUAGUUGAUUUAACCUAAAGAUUGUAGUUAGAAUUCAUUGUCUCAAUGAUUAAUUAUUGAUCAAAGUUAUCUCUC